CGGGGAAGGUGAGGCGCGAGAGCGCGGGGCGGGGCCGCUGCCGGCGCCCUCCCCUCAGGGGCGGCGGCCCCGCCCCCUUCCCUGGGUCCCCGCGGGGCGGGAGGCGCCGCGCGAUCGCUGUCCGUGGGCAGCCACCAGCAUUACAUAACCGCGUACAGAGAGCAGCUGCGGGAUUACACGAUGCAGAUUAGAGGUUGCGUUGAUUCAGCAGAUUGCCCUGUGCGUGUCUGAGGGGGGAUUACGGCGGCAGAGUGCCGAAUAGCCGCGCUGAUUUCCAGUUACCAUCUUUUGGGGAUACUGCAUCUCACGAAUACUUGGAAUAGCUAACCAUUAAAAGUACACAAAAGUGCUGUUUUAGAAGAAUAGUCUCUGACCAAGAAAUAGAAUUGUUGGAAUAAUAUGCGAACAGAUCAUGAAGAACUCUGUGGCACCAGUUAUGGAUCUUUUUGUCUAAAUGGAGGGAUUUGCUAUAUGAUUCCUACUGUACCCAGCCCAUUCUGCAGGUGUAUUGAGAAUUACACGGGAGCACGCUGCGAAGAAGUUUUGCUGCCCAGCAUCAAGUCUCAAACAAAAGGUGACCUGUUUGCGGUUCUCUUGGCUUCACUUCUCCUUCUAGGAGUUCUUUUAGUUGGAACAUUCUACUUCCUUUGCAGGAAAGCCACCAUUGCAAGGACAAGUUCCUCAGAGUGUGGGGCCCACCUGGUUGAGACUACAAGCAGCAAUGGCUGCAACAAAAUAAUAACCGAGUAAAGCAUUAGAGUGGAAGAAUGGUGAGAAAAUGAUGUGCAGAGCAACCCUAACAGUUGCAGAGGUUGAUAUGGAUUAUGUUACUCGGGCGAAGAGAAGUCAAUUGACAUGGGCUGUCUCUCUUUCUCCUCUGAUGACACGAAGAGAAUGGCUGGGUACUGACAGACAUAGAAAACGUGAAUUGCACAAUCCUAUUUUCAUCUCAUUUCUACCACUGGAGGUUGUGACAAGGAAAAGCACAUUACCUAGCAGCUCACUACCUGGGAUCUACAAUGUUGCACUGAAGAAAAAGUCUGAGAAAAUUUCGGGAAGUGAAAGGGAAGAAAAUGCAGGAUGCAGAUUUCUAAUCUCUGAAAUAAAAAAAAAUAAGGUGUGUAAAAACGUAGGUGGAAAGAAAAAUGUGAAUAAGCGUCAGUUCCUAGGGUGCCUACUACAUGCUCUAGCAUCAGAAAGAAUAGCAUGCACUCUCUAUGCUUGUAGACACAAAUACAGCAAGACAAAGAAGAAAAGGCAAAGUGUUACAGUGUCUAUGGUAAGAAGUCAAGGAGAAAAUCCUAAUGUAACAGUUAUUAGAAAACAACUGAGAAAAAUGUAUUACUUUCUGAGGACUCAUGUCAAAGAAGCUGGAGUACAAGUGAAAGCUCAGCAUCUGCAGGGAAACAUCCAAGCAGCUAGAGAUCCUGAACCAGAAAUGUUCCAGUUAUACAUAGCAUAAGUUCCUCCUCCAAUUAACCGAGCUUUCAUGCUGGUUUUGGGACUCCAGACCGUUAUCAGUUACUCAGGAGGACACUGUUAAUACUGUUGUUAAGGCUAGCAAAGAACAAAGUGAUUUUUCAUCUCAUAUGGACAUGCCACUGUUAAAUUCAGAGUUCAGGAGAUGUGCAGCAAUACUGAUGGCUACACUGGAAUCAGUGUCAGCUACAAUACUUUGCACAGUCCCAGAGGAAUUUAGUCAGAGAAGACUGCAGUCAGGUAACCUCGUGCAUUACUGAUCACGAGACAUUCAGGCUCACCAGCAGUGACGUUCAGCACACUGUUUUCUUCCAUAAAGAAAAGGCUCAUGGUCACCUGAAAUGGAAACUGAGGGAGGAAAUAUUGCUGCAAGAUGUGGAAAAUGAACGGACUGAAGUUGUGCUCAAUAAAGUGUUCAAACCCUCUCGGCUUCCCGGACAGACAUGGAAUAGUUCUUCAGUAUUACCACUCACAUUUGCAUUAUUCAGGAAACAAUUUGUACAAAAAGUGAGAAUGAAUAAAUCACAAUGGUGUUUAAAUGCAAACAAGUUGAUGUAUGAAACAACGUUAUCUCUGGCUGAAAUCUUACUAGCCAUCUACAUUGCUUCACAUCCAUUGCAGCUGAGAACAUUUCAGCUUCUAAAAUUCAUUCCUUCAAUUCUUCAGCUUUGUGAAUUUGCCUUUCAGGCCAAAAGGAGAUCAGGCUAUCAAUUCAUUUUAAGCCGGCCAAAUGGACAGGGUAGCCCACAUCACCUCUUAUUUAAUAAACUUGUACAACGCUGUCUAGCAGUGCUUGUUUAAAAAUUAACUAAGUAGUCCUGGAAGCAAGGAAGCUACAGAAAACGCUGGCUCCAAGCAGAUACUGUUCUUGGAGUCAGCGGACUGCAGAAAAGCAUUGUGUGUCCACACAGGGCUGGGUAAUGAGGUCUCUUCUCUGCUUCACUGCUGUUUUCAAGAAACAUAACAUCUCCUAUCUGUGAAACUACACCUCCAUCAGUUUAAACGGUAUCACGCUAUUUAAAAUAAAAACUGAAGGGACUGUG